CGCCGCUCCGAAAGGCACCUCGCCCGGACGCAAGGGAGCUCACCCAUUCAAGCCCGCACCCUCCCGUCCCGUCACCACCGCCCGCGCAUCUGCCAUCCGUCGCCCCCACUCCCCCUUAUCUCUCUGUCCCUCCGUCUACCCUGCUCGCUUCUCGGCCCUCAGGACGGGCGCCAACAUGAGCCAUCGCAACCGGACGUGCAGCGCAUCCCUCCUAUCCCUCUUCUGAACAGCAACAACAGCAACAACAGCAAAGCAACAACAGCAACGGAAGACGGAAAAAGGGCCCCCACCACACCCCCCGCAGGCUUUCUUCGGGGCCGCACCCGGACAUGAUCUCUCCCGAUGCCGAGCGGCAAAUCCACUCCCAAUACCAGGAUACCCUGAGGCAGUUUUAUGCCCGCCGGCCGGGCUCACCGCCAGCCAGGGAGGAUCCCCUGGCCACGGAGGAGCUGGAGAUCACUGGCGAGAAGCUGGUGCAUAAUCCGGCCGCCGCGGCCACUUUCUACGUGGCGGCCCACCUCCUCGGGCUCCUGUAUGCCUUUUACUGCGGGUCCUCCUUCUUCGACCGAGGCUCCACCUACACGAUGUACCUGCAUUUGCACAUGGGCCUCUGCGCGGGGCACUACUUCGUGCUGCUUCACUCCGAUCCGGGAUUCACGGCCCCCGGUCCGGAGGUGCUCCUGGCCAAAGCCCCCCCCUCCAGGGCCCCGGACGGGCCCCCAUCCGUGGCUCGAUCGGGCUGGGUAUUCGCGCGGCCGCUGGUUGCGGCUGGCCAAUGGCUCGCCCGCCGGGUCCGGCGCCUGCUGCCGGUCCGACUGAAGGUCUGGCUCCGGGCCAAUCGGAUGGCCCGGCACCGGGCCUCCCCAGCCGGGGCAUCGCCCCUGCUCCCGGCCCAUGUGGUCUCGGGCUUGGCUCCGGCCCUGGAUGUCUCUUUUUGUGAGCCCUGCCAGUCGCCGAUGCCCCUGCGCGCCCGGCACUGCCGGUCUUGCCGGCGCUGCGUCCGGCGCUUCGAUCACCACUGCUCCUUCAUCGGCAACUGCGUGGGCCAGGCCAAUCACCCGAGUUUCUUGAUCUUCUGCGCUCUGCUAGGGACCAUGCUCCUGCAGUUGUUGCCCUUCUUGGCGGCGAUGCUCCAGCCGCCCGGGUCGUUCGGCCGGCUGGUCUUGCGACGCCUCUUCCGUGUGGAGGACCUGGCCGGGCCCAGUUACGCCAUGGCCUGGGUCCUUUCCAACUACCUGACCCUGGCCCUAUUCGGACUGGUCUUGGUCUUCGGGGUCCUGGUGUCUGGGCUAUUUUUCUUCCAUCUCUUCCUGGCCGCCACGGCGCAGACAACCUGGGAGCAUGCGUCGCAGCGCGUGCCAUACAUGAAGGCCGUGCCAGAUGGCGUGCUGCCCUUCGAUAGGGGGAUAUUCCGAAACUGCCUGGACUUCUGGCGACCCGGAUCCAGUGCUCCCUAUACCAUGCACAUUCCCGCGCCCGGGCCCGAUGGGACCUACCCGGCCUCGCUUUUGACCAUCUGCUGUAGCUAGAUGCCGGUCCGUCCCCCUCCCCCCCCC